AUCCAAUUUCACUUCAAGCCACCUAUACUCUCUAUAGCAAGCAUUGCCCUAUACAAUGGCUGCUAUAGCUGUUGUCUCCGUUCACCCAAUGAACAUCCCAGGCCUUGGGAAGCCUCUUGACAUGGCCUAGCUGGACAUGUCCCGCAGAAUGUACAACGCACUUGCCUACAUUACGAACCGGACCGAGCUCCAGACGAACAUCCCUGGGAACAUCAGCGAUCUGCUACGCAUCAUUGACCGUCACUCCAUGGGCGACAAAUUCCGCAACCACUCCCUGCACCGCCACACCAUGCUGCCCGACACCACCAUCCGUCUCGAGACCGAUGCCGGCGAGACGGGCUACAAGUGGGCCAACGCCACUCCAAUCGAGGAUGUCGACCUGAACAGGGUUCACCCGACCUUCUUCAAGCUCCACGACGGCCGCCUGGCGAUCCCUGAGGCCUUCUUCGUCGAGUUUUCCGCACAUGUUGCGCAGAACAAGCUCGCUGAUAUGGUCGCCCUCGAGCUCGGUGAUUUCGCCGACCUUCGCAGGCGUAAGGACUCAGUCACGGCCGAGAUCGAGGUCCAGUGGGGAGAGGGCGGUGUGCCCUUCACUCUGAGCGUGUCCGUCAAGGAUCUCGUCGAUGCAGACGGCAAAGAGCGGCGCCUGGUCCCCACGGCCUGGACUGUCCCUAUCUCCCGUGGCGGGCCGCGAGACUCGUCGCCCGACAAGCCCGCGCCUGGAACCCACUGGAACGAGGCAACGAAGCCCCACGGGAGCAAGACGCACAAGGUUCACGUCGACAGCAGCGAGGAUGUUACCCCCAACCUUCUGGUCCAGAAGCUGGUCGGCAUGGCAAUCCUCCGUGGUUGA